UGGUAUAAAUUGGAGUUUGGAAUCACAAAAAGAGCGAUUCGCUUGCAGAAAGAUGCGACUGGCGGCCCUUGUUGUGGUGUGCGUGCUGUUCGUUGGGGGUGAUAAUGGGAGUGUGGGAGCGGCCCCGUUUGGACUUGAUUCUGCACAGAAAACUCAUGCAACAGCCCACAGGAGAAGACGUGCAGGAGACUUCCUGGCAGAAGAUCCCAACCUGUGCCUCUCCCUAAGGGAGGAUGAGCAGCAACAGCUGCUGUGCAACGACCGCCGUAGCAAAUUCAACUACAACCCGUUUGGCCUCCGCUUUGGGAAGCGCUACAACAACUAUGUGCUCAGAAGAGCCGUUAAAAGAGCCAGGACCAGGGGCUUUUUGCCCCCGUCCCUCUUCUCCCGAGAGCUGGAGACGUCCUAAAGAAAGAUCGUCUUCAGCCGAGGAAUUGUGCAAUUUGUGGCAGGCGGUCACAAAUAAAAGGCUUGCCUCUAAUUAAAGCGUUUCCCUGAGUAAGAGUUUUAUACCCGUCUGUGAUGUAUGCUGAUUUUCAGACCCACUAUGAGGCUAGCAUGUGAAUAAUUACUGAUGGAGCCU